AUGUUUUAUUAUUUAAUAUAUAUUCUCAUAUUAUUUAUUGUUCAAAAUACAUGCGAACAAUAUCUAUUAGGUACUCAUUUCUAUGUUAAUCAAGAUAAUAUACUCAUUGAUAAUACAUUAAAAACAGUUUCAACAUUAGCACGUCCAUAUGAUCUUGUUGCAUUCAUUGGUCAAUCUGAACGUUUAGCACGUAUUGAUUAUUUACAGACAUAUAUUGAUUCAGUUGAUGAUGUGGGUGAUUUACCUUCACAACAACAACAACAACAGCAACAAUCAAAUCAAAUCAACAAUAAUAAACAAGAUAAUAAUGAAGAUAUAGAUAAAUGUCUCUUAACAUUUGAUCAUCUACCAAGUAUUUUAACACGUUAUGAUGAACAACAAGCUAUACGUAUUGAUGAUGAAGAAAUAAAUAAUAUAACAAUAGCAAAUUAUGAUAAACAAGCUCUAUGGUCAAUAAAUGAAUUAUAUCAUAAUCGAACAUCAUGGUUAGCAUAUGUUUAUUUAAGUCGAUAUUUUAAUUCAAAUUUUUCAUAUAAUAAUGCUAUUGAUUGUUUACGUUGUGCACUUAUAUAUGGUUCAUAUCAUGAUGAUAUUAUACUAAUUGAAUUAGCUAAUAUUGUUUUUCGUUAUGGUUAUAUACGUGAUGCAAUUAUAUUUAUUGAACGAGCAUUAGAUUAUCAUUUGAGAUUAAAAAUACCAGAUGUUAUAUCUCUAUUUAUUCGUUCAAUAUUACAUUAUUAUUUAGGAAAUCUAUGUACUAUUGAUAAUAGAUUUUUAUUAGCUAUACAAUUUUAUAAUCGAACAAAAAUUUUAUUAGAAAGAAUUACAAAAAUUAAUGAUGAACAACAAUUAGAAAUUCUUUCAUCAUCUUCUCUUGGUUCAUUAUCAAUCUCAUCAUUAUUAUCAAUAUCUCAACAAAAGAUCGAUGCACUUAGUUGUCAUUUAACAUUAGAAUUAUCCUUACAACGUAAACAUCAUAUAUUACAAACUAAAUUAGCUCAAUUAAAUCAAUUACGAUCAAUAACUGAUGAAUUAAUACAUUUAAAUACUCUUAUUAAACGUGAUAUAUCAAAUGGUCAAUCAUAUAUGGAUUAUUUACGUCAAUUAAAAGAUGAAAAAAAACUACUGAUUUGUGAUUGGAAAAAAAUAAGAAAACAAAAAUCAUUUAAUGAUCAACUAUCUAAUAAUUUAUUAUUUUCAUAUAGAAAAGAAUAUUCAACAAUAAUGAAACAAGAAGAUUAUUGUUCUAUUGAUGAUGAUAAUUCAUUUACAAUAAAAAUAAUAAAUAAUAAUAGUACUGAUAAUUAUGAUUGUCGACCACGAGAUAAUAUUAUUAUUAUUGAUGAGGAUUUUAAUAUUAACGAUACACCAUUAUUGAAUAAAAAACAAAAUCUUAUGUCAUUACGUCUUGCUGCUAUUGAACGUACUCAAUCAUCAUAUGUCUUAGAAGAUGAUAAUGAUCAUAUUGAUUCUAUUGAAAUAAAUGAUAAAAUAACAUUAACAUCAACAACAGCAUGGUCAACAUUAACAUCACGUUUACCAACUGAUGUUAAGAUAGAAAAUAGAAAAGAAUUUAUUUUAAAACAAUUAAAUGAACUUUAUCCUCCACUUACACAAAAUAUUGUUAUUAAAUUAAAUGAACAACAAUUACCAACAUAUAAAGAUUGUCAAAUACAUUAUUAUGGUUUACCAUCAAUUGGUGAUUAUCCAACAGUAUGGUUACCAUUAGAAAAUAAAGGUUUAUUAAAUAUAAAACAAGCAUUUUAUCAAGGUCUUGAUCAUAAAAAAAAACAUUAUCCACUUCCAUGGUCUCCACCAUUAUGUGAUGAUAAAGUAUUAAUUGGAUCUUUUCUUGCUACUGGUCUUAAUUCACCUGUAUAUAACACAUCUUGGCUUUAUUUUCAUACAAUAUCACUCUAUUGGCGUCUUAUGGGUAAUGCAUCUCAAGCACUUAAUUGUCUUUUUCAAUCUUAUCUAUUAUCACCAUCUAAUGUAAAAGAUUUAACCUAUCUUUCAAUGGCAUUAUUACUCUAUAACAGUCAAUUAAAUAUAAAUGAAGCUAUUUAUUUAUUAUAUGAAUCAUUAUCAAUUGAUCCAAAUGGUCUUAUUCUUACACAUUUUACAUUAGGUAAUGCAAUGGCAAGAAAAGGUCAUUUAGAUUUAGCUGAACAUUGGUAUCAAUCAACAUUAAAAUUAAAACCAGACUUUGAACCAGCUAAACAACGUUUACGUGCUAUUCAAUGUUGA